AUGGCGAUCGCAGAUAUCCACGAAGAUAUCAUCAAAACCCACAUCUUGACCAGACUCGACGGUCAAACCCUCGCUGCCGCCGGCUGUGCAUCUUCCCAGCUACAAUCCCUCUGCUCCGAUCAAAAACUAUGGUCCGAUAUCUGCUCCUACAAUUGGCCGUCCACCGUCGAUCCUUUGGUAAUCCAAGCCAUCUCCAAUUUCCCUUCUGGCUACCGUUCUUUCUAUUCCGACUCCUCCUCAUCCCCCACCUACCGUCUAUCCACCACCACAUCAUUACCUGCAACCUCCCACAUUAUCUCAUCCGUCGACCUGAGAUACCACGACGAGCUUAUCUUUUCCACGGUUGAAUCCACCAACACCACACCAAGCGACUGGUUCCAAUCGUCUCCGUUUCGUAUUGAUCUUCUUCAACUUAAAGAACUCAUACCCUCAUCGAUUAAAUUCUCCGGCGACAAUCAGGUGCUGCUAUCCAAUCUUGAAAAGAACAUGACGUUGAGUUGGAUCAUGAUAGACCCAUCCCAGAACCGGGCAGUGAAUCUAUCAAGCAUAAAGCCUGUCUCUGUUCGUCGGAACUGGUUGACCGGGAACAUAGAGGUGAUAUUCGCCGUCGUGAUCGCUCCCGACGUUCCCCUACAUGGUAACGAUUACGUGAACUGCAAUAUACAGAUUACAUGCGGGGUAAAAGAAGGCGGAGGAGAGUUAAACAUGAGUGGGGCUAGUUUAAUGGUAUUGGACAUGGAUGGCAAGUGUUUGAGUGGAAAGGAGAGUAUGGUAAUUUUACAAGGACUUGCCGUAGCCCAGCGGCGGAGAAGGAGGUAUAGCGGCGGAGGAGAGGAGCAAAAAGAGAGGUACGGUGAGUUCAUUCAAAGAAGGAGAGAGAGAAAGGAGAAGAUGGAGAGGAGAGAGAGACGGCUUGACAUGGCUUGCGUCGCGAGUGGGGUUGGAAUCUUGAUGGCAUUUUGGUCAUUUGCCCUCUCGUGGUAAAUUCAACCAAUCGAAUUCAAACUCAAGACCUAAAUUUCUUUAUAUUUAACAUA